CAUAAGAUGAGCAUACCGGUGCACUAGAUUUCAUUCAAGAUGCAAAACUAUUUACAGUAUAACGGAUAUCCGAAUAACGAGGCUAACUUUCCUUACAUACCAAUUUCAGCGCCACCAGUGUUCCCACGCUCACAAAUAGUAGGCGAGGGAGACGUGACCUCGGUGACGCUGCCCGACGGAACUCUCCAGCUGUACUUCAUACCCGUCUCGCGGACUACCUGCUUCAACCAGUGGGGCGCCAUUCCAGCUUGGUUCAUACGUACUAUUCCUAAUCUUUUUGCAGCGCCUCAGCCGUUCGCGUCGAAUUACCGAAACUCUACACAAGCCAGCAAUAUCUUCCUACAAAAUAAUGCAGUAAACGAAGAAACAUCAGAAUAUCAGCUUCAAUUUCACAGUGACAAACCGACGUCAUCAACAGACUUGCAAUACUUCUGCCAACCGCCACACCCCUGGUACCCGCGGCAAUCUGUCGAAACCCAAACAGAUCCCGUCAGAUCCUGCGACGUAUGCUGUAGGGCGUGCUCCUGCAGGCCUAGCAAUCCUGAAACCCUGCAGUCCCGCAGCAGCGAAAUGUCCAUAGACGGCGAGGAACAAGACAAACCCACAUGCUCAUGCCAUAAAAAAGUGAAUAAAGUACGGUUCAGCUCGGCCGGUUUAAAAUAUGAUAAGCUCUGUGAUAACUGUAAUAGUAAGUGCAACGUGAUGCGCUCUACAUCUGAUAAGUCGAAUUAAACCCGAUUACGCCUCGGGCAGCCGGACUAGCACAUGAUU